CGCGACAUUCAUCACCUUUGAUUUGCCCAAUAAUCCCGAGUCGCCGCGCUUCUACGCACGACGCUGCAACCUAAUCCGUACACAUCGCCCUCAUCGGUUACUGCGCAUUGGAUUGACUUUUGUGUGGCGCCCAUGUCACGGUAGAAGAUAAAGUUAACACGCGCCGCGGAAGCGAACAAAUUCUGUCUACGACACCUGCCUCUCCAACAGCAGCAUCUCGACACCCGACUCGUCAAAGACUUGUGUUUAAAGACUACCACCCCGACAUCUAUUCACCUCUCACCGAACCAUCUCGAUUGCUUGAGUUAUCCCGGGCUCUCCAAGAUUACGUCGUCUGGCGGCUUGUUCGCUCGAGUCUUGCCACGAUGAGGCCUUUCGCCUUAUCGCUAUGGCUCGGCCUCACAUUGGUGAGCGCCGUAGCUGGCGCCGGAUCGGAUUCUACAGAAUCUACAGUUUUCAACGGCAAGACUGUGCCCGCGGCGAUCGAGCUUACACCAGAGAAUUUUCACAAGGAGAUCAAGGCUCACAAGUUCAUGAUGGUUAAAAACUACAGUCCAUACUGUCCUCACUGCCAGACUUUUGCGCCCACCUUCCAGACUCUCUACGAGUUUUACUACACGUCCAAGCCCAAAGGCACUACCUCUGACUUCACCGAUUAUUACGACUUUCACUUUGCGACCGUAAACUGCAUAGCAUACUUUGACCUUUGCCACGAAAAUGGCGUUGGCUCAUACCCUACUACUAUUCUCUACAAAAACGGUGAGGCUGCAGAGACGUUCAAGGGAGUCAAGGAGAUGGAUGUUCUUAGUGAGACGAUUGAGAAGACGUUGGAGGCUGCCAAACCGGGUAGCCGGCCUAAGAAGAUCGCUCUUCCGGAGCCUGGCGCCAAGUCUGCACCGGUGACCGACAACGAUUCCUCGGCAUCUGAGAAAGACACCGCCAAGGACACCACGAAGGACACCACAAAAGACACCACAAAGGACGCAAAGGCUGCCGAUAAACACAGCAAGCCCGCUUCAGCGACCGAAAAAUCAUCCACAACUACGGAAGAUAAGAAGGACGAUGCCGACAAGACUAAAUCGAGCUCUAAGACCGACGCUGUCGAGUGGUGGCCCGAGUUCACGCCGCCUGUGAGGAAGCCCGCGAAGCCUGUUGACCCGAACCCGAACGGUCUCUCGGUGUCCCUGACGGCUGAGACAUUCCAAUCUUUGGUCACGAUGACGCAGGAGCCUUGGCUCGUCAAAUUCUACGCCCCUUGGUGCAGUCACUGUCGGGCGAUGGCAGCCAGCUGGCAACAGCUAGCCAAGGACAUGAAGGGCCGGCUCAACAUUGGUGAAGUUAACUGCGAUGUCGAGGCUCGCCUCUGCAAGGAUGCUCCUAUUCGCGGCUUCCCCACCAUCAUGUUUUUCAAGGGCGGCGAGCGCGUCGAGUACGAUGGUCUUCGCGGCUUGGGCGACUUGAUCCACUAUGCCGAAAAGGCAAUUGACAUCUCGAGCGGCGUACAAGAUGUCGAUUUGGAGUCUUUUGAGGCCCUUGAAAAGAAGGAGGAGGUCAUUUUUGUUUACUUCUACGACCAUGCCACCACGAGCGAGGAUUUCUUGGCCCUGGAGCGUCUUCCUCUCAACCUCAUUGGUAAGGCAAAGCUGGUCAGGACAAGAGAUCGUAGGCUUUAUGACAGGUUCAAGAUCACUACCUGGCCUCGUCUUUUGGUCUCUCGUGAGGGACGUCCCACUUACUACACGCCUCUGACCCCCGACAGGAUGCGCGAUGUCAACCAGGUGCUGACGUGGAUGAAGUCUGUCUGGCUCCCUAUCGUGCCAGAGCUGACUGCAUCCAACGCGCGCGAGAUCAUGGAUGGAAGACUCGUUGUGCUUGCCAUACUCGAUCGUCAGAACCAGGAUUCGUACACCAGCGCUAUCCGUGAAAUGAAGAGCGCAGCCAACGAGUGGAUGGAUAAGAUGAUUGUCGCCUUCCAGCAGGAACGCAAGGAGCUGCGUGAUGCCAAACAGCUUCGUGUCGAGGAGGCUGAGGACCGCGGCGACCAGCGGGCUCUGCGGGCAGCCAAGGCCAUCAGGAUCAACAUGGAUAAGUCGGACCGCAAGGAGGUUGGAUUUGCCUGGGUCGACGGCGUAUUCUGGCAGAGGUGGAUCCGCACAACCUUUGGUGUUGAUGUCAAGGAUGGAGAGCGCGUCAUAAUCAACGAUGAAGAUAACCGCCGCUAUUGGGACCAGACUAUCACUGGAAACUACAUCUUGCCGUCUCGGACAUCUAUUCUUGAGACCAUCGGCCAGGUUACCAGGAAUCCUAACAAGAUCAAGCCCAAGUUGACCAUUUCAAGCUUCGAGAAGAUCUUCUUCGAUAUUCGCAUGACAUUCCAGGAACACCCUUACCUGACCGCCGGUUGCAUUCUUGGUCUUGUCCUCGGCGGCGCCUCCUGGUUCCGUGGACGUCUCCGACGCACCCGUGGCCACUUCCGACUUGAUGACAACCUGGGUAGGAAUGAGGUCAAGGCUCCUCUUCUUGGUGCCAACGCCAACGGCAAGGUCGAUUAAAAACAAAAAAAAAAAAAAAAAACAGCAA